CGUCGUCCGCGAUAGACCCACCGCGGAGAGGAAUUCGCGCAAUCUCGGUGCGGGAUUGCGUGUGACGGAUUCCGAUAUUUGUAUUAUGGCGACUGCCGGAAGCAACCAGAUCAAGAACGCGAAAUUGGUUCUUCUUGGGGAUGUUGGUACCGGAAAAUCAAGUCUGGUGUUGCGAUUUGUGAUAGGCCAGUUUGUUGAAUUCCAGCAAUCGACCAUAGGUGCUGCAUUCUUCUCGCAAGUAGUUUCUGUCAAUGGUGAAUCAGUGAAAUUUGAGAUUUGGGAUACUGCUGGGCAGGAGAGGUAUCAUAGCUUGGCCCCUAUGUAUUACAGAGGAGCUGCAGCUGCUGUGGUUGUCUACGAUAUAACAAAUUCGGCUACAUUUACUCGAGCAAAGAAGUGGGUUCAAGAACUUCAAGCCCAAGGUAGCUCAAAUACUAUCAUUGCUCUUGCUGGUAAUAAAGCUGAUCUUUUAGAAGCUAGACAGGUCACAACCGAGGAAGCCCAGACAUACGCACAGGAUAAUGGCCUUUACCUCAUGGAAACUUCGGCCAAAACAGCAAUUAAUGUUAACGACAUAUUCUAUGAAAUCGCAAAGAGACUAACACAAGUGAAGCCAGUACAGAACCCUCAAGGAAUGACUCUAACAGGCAGACCUGAUGACAAACCAGUGGCUGCUGCUUCUUGCUGCUCUUCUUAGUCAAUAUUAUUACAUGUUUUU